CUCUCCGUAGUGUUGACAUCCUGCGUAAUCAAUAUGGCGGCAGGUGCUUAGCUAGCUACCCCUGCUACACGUAUUAUUUUAAAAGUUAUCGUGUAAUACGGACCUAUAGAUCUGGCGCUAUCAUAUGUAUAAAAUUGUGUUUUUAUAUCACGUCUGUUGGAUAUGAAGAGUCUCAAAAUGUUGCAUUUGGACUGUAACACGGGUUUCUCCCGUCCGCUGGGCUGACGGUAGUGAAUGAGUGUGUUUUUGCUGAUAUCCCGUUAGCCAGCGUCACCCGGCGGUCCUGUGGCGGACAGCGAGCGGCUCUGUGCAUCAUGACGGAGGUGGAGGAGCUGCGGCCCGUCCCGCGGGAGCGAGCCAUCCUGGAGAGUUUCUUCACGCAGCUCGGCAUGUUUUCCUUCGACCGGGCCAAGGACUACGUGGAGAAGGAGAAGGACAGCAGCAAGAGCGCCGGGGCCAUCUGGGCCGCCCUGCUGGCCGCCCUGGCCCACCUGGCCGCGGCGGAGAAGGCUUACCACCACAUGACAUUCCUGGGACAAAAACUAGGUGGCCAAUCCUUCUUCAGCCGCAAGGACUCCAUCCGAACCAUCUACACCUCCCUGUACAAUGAGCUGCGGAAAGUGGUGUCGAUGGGGCGCCACGCCCAGCCGGGCUCUGCCUCCUACCUGGAAGACCUGCUGUCACACCUGUCAGAGCAGCUCUGCCACUUCACCCAGGCCCGCAUGGAGAUGGCCGACCUGUACGAGAAGAUGCAUUCACUGGGCACCCAGAAGAGCAUCAACUCAGAUGAGCUGGUCACCACCCUGGAGGCUGUCCUUCACAAAUACAGCUCCAGAUUCCACCACCCCAUCCUGGGCCGCGUGGAGGAGGGCUUCCAGACGGAGGUAGACGUGGUGACCCAGUUACUGCGCUGCCAGGCCCAGGUGUCCGAGUGGCGCUUCCUGCCCGCUCUGCUCAGUCUUCAUGGCGCCAACUCAAAGCUCACUGCCUGGGGUCAGCUGUUCCAGCGCCAGAGAGAGACCCGCAAGCACCUUUUUGGAGGCCAGUCUCAGAAGGCCGUGCAGCCUCCACACCUGUACGUGUGGCUGCAGCGCUUCCAGGCGGCGCUGCUGGCCAAGUUCAGCUUCUACUUCCACGAAGCCCUGAGCCGCCAGACUGCCCCGGCCGACAUGAAGGCACUGACCGCCCGCACCACACCCGACUACCACGGCAAGAUCUGCUCCUUCAUUCGGAAACACGACGCCAACAACGUGUCUCUGGUGUUUGACAACCGCGGCUCAGACAGCUUCCAGGGCCAUGGCUAUCACCACCCGCACUCUUACCGUGAGGCGCCCAAGGGUGUGGAGCAGUUCCCCGCCGUGGUGUCGCUGCCCUCCGGGGAGCGGCCGCUCACACACUGGCCCAAUGUUAUCAUGAUGAUGGGAGACCGUGCCUCCGAGCUGAACACUCUGGACAAGGUUGUGCAUUUCUACGAUGAUAAAGUGCAGAGCACAUAUUACCUGACGCGGCCCGAGCCCCACUUCACUCUGGUGGUCAUCUUCGACGGCAGGAAGUCGGAGAAGGAUUCACACAUCGCAGCCUUCCUGCAGGAGAUCUCAGGGUCGCUGCGUAACUCCAAACCCUUCAGUAUCCUCAAGCCUGGUUCCAAGGGCUGAGGUACAGUUUUCAGACUAAAUAGUAUACCAAGCAUUCAUACCUCUUCCCUGAGAGAUAGUGAGACGGUUUGUUACUUGAUUAAGUCUGUUACCUCUAAUCAUUUCUUAAAGAAAACCAAUGUGCUUGAAUUUUUUUGAUCUCUUCUUUUGAGAAUUGUUCUUGAGUUCAGCUUUUUAUUUCAAGCAUACAGUCCUGCAGUCUAGCUGCUUGUUGAUUAAGCAGUGAAUCUUGUUUUGCCAAACCUUUCUCAGACCAAAGAGAUGCAUUGCUUAUGCAGUGUGUCCGUCCCUUAACAAACUACUCCACAUCAUUUUACAUGCUCAGAUUGUUAGGCUGUGACACCGUGAACUCAGUCCUGAGAGGGGCAUGCUGCUGGCACUAAAAAGCCUUUACUCUGUUUAAUUUAUGAACUAUUUUAAUUAUUUUGCAGCAGUUACUAUUUUAACAUCUUCAGUUUUUAAUUUCAGUGCUUUAUAAUGUGCUGUGCAUCACAUCAGUCGAAUAAAGUGCUGUGCAAUCUGUUUGCACAGUAGCCCCUUGAUUCCUCAUCAAUAAAUGACAUGCAGACAUGACCAAUGAAA